AAAUGGUAAACAUGGUGUGCAUUCUUCAUUAUUUUUUUACAGAUUUCAUCUUUGGAGCAUCAACAAAAUUUGGUGUUUUCGAGGCUUUUCGUGUUGACAGUUUAUUUUUAUUUCGCACUUGCUUUUGUUGAUAUUUCUGUAGAAUUGAAAAUUAUCAUUAUUUUAUUAUUGAAUUUAUCGCUGUAAUAUAUUGUGCAAAUAAAAUUCAAUCCCCAUAACUGGCAUCAGAUGAAGAAAGAAUCGAACCAAGCACCUCGCAAGAAGAUGACAUUCUUUAUUCAAUUCCAGAGUCAGGUAGUAAGUGUUUGUCCUCAAAUUGGCUGGGUUGAAAUUGAUCCUGAUGUUCUCUGGCUUCAGUUUGUUGCUGUAAUAAAGGAAUCUGUCAAAGCUGCAGGAAUAGAGAUGAAUCAAAUUGUUGGACUUGGCAUUUCAACACAGAGAGCAACUUUUAUUACGUGGAACAAGCGUAGAGGUGUUAAUCUGUGUACAUCAAGGAAAACGGGAAAUCAUUUUCACAACUUCAUUAGUUGGCAAGAUCUGAGAGCUAUUGAACUUGUAAAAUCUUGGAAUAGUUCUCUUAUAAUGAAGCUAAUACACAGUUCCUGCCGAAUGCUUCACUUUUUCACUAGAAGUAAACGAUUUUUAGCAGCCAGUUUGUUCACUUUCACAACCCAGCAUGUUUCUUUGAGAUUAGCCUGGAUUUUACAGAACCUGGUUGAGGUGCAAAAGGCAAUUGAAGAAGAAAAUUGCUGCUUUGGGACUAUUGAUACCUGGUUGUUACAUAAGCUCACAAAAGGUUCUGAAUUUGCCACGGAUUUUUCAAAUGCCAGUACCACUGGACUUUUUGACCCAUAUGAGAUGUGUUGGAGCAGCUUCAUUACUUCUCUGCUUUCAAUACCACUCUCUCUCCUGCCUCCCGUGAGGGAUACAAGCUUCAAUUUUGGAUCAGUGGAUGAAGAGAUAUUUGGUGUGCCUAUACCAAUAAUGGCCUUGGUGGCCGACCAGCAGGCAGCCAUGUUUGGAGAGUGCUGCUUCCAGAUGGGAGAUGUGAAGCUGACCAUGGGGACUGGGACAUUUCUGGACAUCAAUACUGGAAGUAACCCUCAACAGAAUGUUGGAGGCUUUUAUCCGUUGAUUGGGUGGAAGAUUGGAGAAGAGGUUGUAUGCAUAGCUGAAGGCAAUGCAGGAGACACUGGUACUGCCAUAAAAUGGGCUCAGCAAUUAGGUAAGUUAUCCUUUACACAGAUUUCACAGGCCAGACUUAAAGAAGUUAAGAAUGCCACAGGAUCGCAGAUCAGUAGGAAAUGAUGACUUGUUCAAAUG